UUUAUAUACACAUUUUAUUUGUAAUAUUAUUUUGUAAUUUUAAUGGUUAAUAAAAAUCCAAAUUAUGGUACUUUUAUCAAUUCUUUCAAGUUUUCCGAUGAUUUGGAGGAUUCCACAGAGCGGAAUCUCGAUGUUUAUAUAACACUUUACUCUAAAAUUGCAAAUAUUGGUCCUGUUUUGGACUACGCUUUAAAUGUUAAUGACUACAAUAAGCCUUUAAACUCUGAAGAUUCUUUUAAUUCUAUCAAGAAUCCAAAAUCUAUCUUAGAUUUCAAUGUUUUAUUUCUAGUUCUGAGACCUAGUUUGAUACUCUCUACUGAUCAUUUACUUCAUUCCGUAGCUCGGGCUCUAACUAACGUUUUAAACUCUAAACCUGUUUCCAGCAACUUUACUACUGAAGUUGCCUUUAUGUUAUCUGGAUCUUCUAGUGUUGCAAAAUCACUAGAACGUGUUUUAUUAUCAAAAAGCGAUAAAUUUAGCCCAGCCCUAAUUGUUACUCUUGUACAAAAUAAGUCUAAGGAUAACAUCUUGGAUAUCAUUGAUGGAGUUCAAGAUGACAUUUCCAACCUUGAUAAAUACACCAAGGUUGACGAACUUAUAAAGGAAUUUAAAAUUACACAAGAAGAGCUUAGACUCCCUGGGGGAUUAGAGGCUUCGAUUUUGUGCAGAAUUGGAGUUAAAAGAAUAUAACAUCAACUUUAUAUCCAAACCGUACAAUUCUCAAUGGAAUUCUUAAGAUAAUUCUUAAUUUAAAUGUAAUAAUAGAAAUUA